AUGACGUCAGAAGCCUUCCUUGCCGCUCUGCGCCGUUUCAUCAGCCGGAGAGGCAUGUGCUCUGUGAUUUCUUCAGAUAACGGAACAAAUUUCAAGGGUGCUUGCAAUGAGUUGAAGGAGUUAUACCAGCUCCUAAACUCCGAGAAGCUGCAGCAGGAGGUCAAUAGCUAUGUUGCAGAGAGAGGGAUUACCUGGCAUUUCAUCCCACCCCAAGCACCUCAUGUGGGAGGUAUCUGGGAAGCGGCGGUGAAAUCCUUCAAACAUCAUCUACUCAGAGUCGCUGGAACCACCCUAUUGAGUUUCGAAGAUCUCAUUACGCUGGCAGCCGAGAUCGAAGCCAUCCUAAACUCUCGUCCCCUGACUCCUAUGUCAUCAGAUCCCAACGAUCUCUCUGCUCUCACUCCGGCUCAUUUCCUCAUCGGUGACGCAUUCACGAACAUUCCUGAGCCUAAUUUCAUCAAGACUCCAAGCAACCGCUUGUCCUCUUGGCAACACGUCCAGAAAUUGAAGCAAGAUUUCCGGAGUCGUUGGCACAAGGAAUACAUCAACGAAUUGAACAUCAGAAGGAAGUGGAAGAGAGGUGAACACGAUAUCAAGGAGAAUUCCAUUGUUAUCAUCCGAGACGACAAUCUACCUUCCCUCAAGUGGAAAUUGGGGAGAGUCAUCAGUGUCCAUCCAGGUGGGGAUGGAAUCAUCAGGACUGUCAAAGUGAAGACAGCCUCAGGUGUCUAUACGCGCAAUGUCAAGAAUUGGCCGUCCUACCUGUGGAGCCCUAUGCCACCAGCCGUCAACCAACACAUGACCAACCCGAGAGCACGGCAGCUACGCUUGAUCGGACAAGCCUCUCAACGGGGGAGAAUGUUGAAUCGUGAGGAUCAAUUCCAUGAAUCGUUUAUUCAUACAUUUCUUUUAUUUUCAAUAUUUUGCUAG